AUGCCUCUUUCGCUCUCUCCGUGCGUGUUCCUCGCCUUCGACGAUAUCUCCCGAGCUGGCAAGCACGUCCUCAGCGCUGUCAAGUUUCAUGGCACGAACUCUUGCCCCGUACCUCACUCGGAUUUAGAAACGCUGCUACCAAUAGAAAUGUGCCCAUACGUUCAGCUGUACCAGUACCCAAAUGACCAAGCGACAAGUAUUACAGUAAACACGGCGAAAUUACCGGAGACCAAGCGAUGGGAAGUAGUGGAUGCACUGGUAUCAGCAAUGAGUGAGGCUGAGGUCGAGACACUUACGAUCCUGGCAGCUGCACACUUGCCAUACGCAAAGGACGGUGGACUGCAGCUGUGCGCAGCUGAUCCGGCGUGGGAGACGAAGGAGCCGUGGCUGGCGGCACUGCUGCACUGGAUUAGUGUCGAGCAAUGGCCAUGCACGCACCUGCUGCUGGCUAAGGGACACAAACCUGGACGAGACUUGGCUGGGACGUACGAGGCAGUCGAGGCUCUGAGUCGGGCGGUACAGCUCUUGACGGACAAAGUGACGAUUGAUGAUUCAGUGCAGGUGCAGCAACGGUUAGCGCAGGAAGUAGCGACGAAAGGACUGACGACAGAGACGGCAUUGACGGCAUCGGACGAGCACCUGGCGUUGCUGUACCGGUAG